AUGAUGAUUCUGAUGAUGAUGACCUUCAUCAACAGAGGGUUGCAAUGGCUGUUCAACACUAUACGCUGUGAAUACAAGAAUCGGAAGAGAGAAAAACAUCAUAAGAGAGUCUCAUGGAGGACUACUUCUGUGAAAGACCACUUUAUCCUCCAGUGGACUUUCGCAGGCGGUUUCGCAUGA